AUGGAAGAAUAUUCAUGGGAAAAUUUUUUAAACGAUAAGCUUUUAGCAACAAACCAAGUUUGUGCUGCAGGAUUAGCUUCAGAAGAAGAUGGAGUUGUAUAUGAAUGUGUAGCAGCCCCCGAUGAAAAUAAUCCAGACUUUGAUAAAUGGACUCUUUUUUAUAAAGAAGAUUAUGAUAUAGAAAUUGAAGAUGAGAGUGGAAAUAAAAGUACAAAAACCAUCUCAGAAGGUCAAAUCAUUUUGACAAUGUUUAAUGAGGGCUAUGCACCUGAUGGAAUUUGGCUAGGUGGAACAAAAUAUCAAUUUAUAAAUAUGGAUAAGGGUUUAGACUAUGAGGGAUAUAGUUUUGAUGUUGCUACGUGUGCAAAAUUAAAGGGAGGGAUGCACAUAAUUAAAGUUGGCGGUGGACAUAUAUUAAUCGUUUUAUAUGAUGAAGAAAAGGAGCAAGAUAGGGGAAAUUCUAAAAAUGCUGCAUUGGCAUUUUCAAAAGAGCUAGCCGAAAGCACUGGUGCAGGCGAGGCAUAA